AUGGCUCAGAUUUCUGCUGGUCACUACCGGUACUCUCAGUAUCAAGAGCACCACCCUUCUUAUCGUCAGCAACAUCACCCCCCAUACCAACAUCGUCACCACCCCAAGUCUCAUCGACCACACCCCCAAUAUGAGCAAGCACCACCUCUACCCCCUCGCCCACGGCGCCAACAGCACCAACACCACAUAGCAGAGCUCGAAGUGCCUCCCUGCAUCGCCGUUGAAAUGCCGGCGAGUCCCGUGCAGGAGAACCCAACCCUCCGCGAGCUCCCCGACGACCCUUCGACAACCGCUCUACCGCUCGUCAACAUCCUCUCUCGGCAGAGAGCCCUACUCGAUCCCGCUGCCGCCCUCCCGAGCCGCGACUCCCACACCCCCAGACUCAUCUCCAACACCACCCAUGCCGGCUCCUCCUACUCCUCCUCCUCCAUUGCCCCGGAAGACUGGCCCCGCACCCCCGUCGACUGCCCCCCAGCAAACUACCCACAGGCCAAGGCCCCAGCCCUCAAGCUCUUCGGCAGCAAAAAGGCUAAGCGCCGCCUCGACAAGACGGUCGACGGUACCCCAGGCCCCCCUGAACUCGGCCGUCAAGCCAACACCUCGAACCGCGCUACACCCCAAAGAAACUGGAACACCAUCCCCCAGACCGCCUCCCAUCGCUAUCUCGAGGGAAAGCUCUACGGGCCUGAGGGCCGUUACCCUCACGCCGGGGCUAUCGAUGAGGGUGUCGUUGGGAGGCCCAAGCUACCGGCGCGGCCCGUGGUGGCGCCGGCGGAGGCGGGGGCUUUGGUCUUGGCUAGGGAGCCCGAGGUUGAGUUUCCGGCUGUCGGGCUGGUGCCGGUGGUUGUCAGGGAGAAGAAAAACGAGAAAAGCCACUAA